CUCCAUUCUCCAGCGAUCACAGUCGGGUACUCCGGAUGUAAGUUGCAUCUCCAAAGUCGACCUUUACUCUUUAAAGUUUAAUCAUCGAACCCCAAUUCUCCACCGAAAGCGGCCGCUCCCGAGCAGUAUAUGUACCUAUAACCUAACGACCAAUCUGAACGACCUGUCCUCUUCCCACACCAAACCUCCAUCCCACCAUCCACCUCCUCCAAACCCCCCUCACCCCCUCACCACCACCGCCACCAUGUCCUCCGUCGCCCAAAAACGCCUCCUCUCCGAAUACAAGACCCUCACGAACGAGCCGCCCGAAGGCAUCACGGCCGGCCCCGUCAACGAGGACGACAUCUUCGUCUGGGAGGCGCUCAUCCAAGGGCCCGAGGGCACGCCGUUCGAGGGUGGCGUGUUUCCCGCGGAGCUGAAGUUUCCCAAGGACUAUCCGCUCGCGCCGCCGACAAUGAAGUUUACGUGUGAUAUGUGGCAUCCGAAUGUCUACGCCAACGGCAUGGUCUGCAUCUCGAUCCUCCACGCGCCGGGCGACGAUCCCAACCACUACGAGCACGCGUCGGAGCGGUGGUCGCCGAUCCAGUCGGUGGAGAAGAUCCUGAUCUCGGUCAUGUCGAUGCUGGCGGAGCCGAAUGACGAGUCGCCGGCGAACGUGGACGCGGCGCGCAUGUGGCGCGAGCGGCGGGAGGAGUAUGUGGGUAUUGUGAGGGCGAAUGUGAGGAAGGGGUUAGGGCUUUGAGGGGAGGGAGGGGAGGGGGUGCUGGGGGGAGGACGAGGUUUGGGGUGGAUUUAUGGUCGAGAUGCAUUUGCGGAAGGCGUUUGUGGACGGUUAGUGGAGCGUUCAACAUACAUAUCAUAGAGCUUGUCCAAGGCAUAUAUCACUGGUCCUGUUCUACGACGGAGUACCUACCUAUUAGUCAGUCUCAUUAGGUAGCUGGCCUGCUGCUGUGCCGGUGCAGACUGUAGACGGUAGACUGUAGACUGUACUCCGUAGACUGUGGACACUAGCUAGACUGUAGACUCCUGUCGUCCAACCAAGGGACGGCUUACAAGUUACAACGGCAUAUCCUUACCCAAUAUGGAAUAAUGCCUGACAUGAGAUUAAACAAAGAUCUAGAUACGGAACACACAGGCAUCCCUCUCCCUGGCACAGCAGUACCUCUCUACUCAGCUA